AUGUCGCCAAAGCUGUUUACGGCUGCAUUGCAAUGGAUAAUGAAAUCACUUUCCUGGGAAGAAAGGGGCAUACGUGUUGAUGGAAGAUUUCUCUCGAAGCUUCGUUUCGCGAACGACAUCGUUCACUUUUCGAGCAGUACCAAUGAAGCAGAAACGAUGCUCAACGAAUUGAACGAAGCAGGGAAGAGAAUAGGACUAAGAAUAAACAGAAGGAAGACACGGUUCAUGAAGAACGCCUACUGCGAGGACGGAGGAGUACAACUUGAAGGCUCCCAAAUCGUGGAAACUUCGUCAUACGUAUACCUCGGACGUUCUAUGAACAUGGAAAACGACUUGAAGGAAGAACUGAAUAGAAGAAUGAGAGCAGCAUGGGUAGCAUUCGCAGCCGUCAGGGAAGCCACGGACCAGCUGACGGACCAAGAUCUUCGUGCCCAUCUGUUCGACUCGACAGUUCUUCCAGCGCUCUGUUACGCAGCGGAGACGUGGGUAGACACCGCGGCCACGGCUAGGAAGCUACUUACCACCCACAGAGCCCUUGAGAGAUUUCUUCUGAAGUUUAACCGGCGUACACAACACCUAGCCGGUCUUCGCAACUUCGACUUAAGAGGAAUGUCCCGUCUUCGCGACCCAGCGGAAUAUGUAUCGAAAGCAAAACAUAGAUGGGCCGGUCACAUCAUGAGAAGAAUCGACGAUAGAUGGACUAAAAGAACGCUAGAGUGGAUCCCAAGGGACGCUAAACGCCCCCGAGGAAGACCGCCAACAAGAUGGAGUGACGUGUUCGCUGCACGGAUGGACCAGCUGAGAGCUCAGCUGGAUACGGCUCAAGGACCUCGUCAACGUCACUCACGAAGCUUGAGAACAUCUUGGAUGACAAUGGCGAGGGAACGAAACGAGUGGAAGAGAUGCUGGGGCCCGCACGUCGAGUGA